ACUGCUGCUGGUGGGUUCACUGCAAUGGAAAACAGUGGAGCCGUCUUUGUUUGGUUUCCUUGCUUUGCCCCAUCCUUCUGUGGAAUAGCAAACAAAGGCUUCUUUUCCUCGGACUUUUGCUGAUUCCCAGCAUUGGUUGUGCUGCGGUUUUCUGGAAUGGCAAACAAUGGAACAGCCUUCUUCGUGGCACCUUGUUUUUCUUGGAUGUUGCUGCUGCUGGUGGGGUUCACUGAAAUAGAAAACAAAGAACUACCCGGCUUCUUUGCACGGUUUCUUUCGUCGCCGCUGUGGCUGGUGGGAUUGACGGAAAUUGAGAAGAGAGGAGCGGACGUCCUGUUUGCAGUUUGUUGACUUCCUCCAUCUGUAUGGUUCACGGGAAUGGAAAAGAGAGAAGCGGGCUUCUUUGCGGCAUCCUGCUGGAACAGAGCGGCCGAUUUCUUGGCCGCGCCUUCCCUUGUCUUUGCAUCUAUGCUUGGAUGCGUCGGAAUAGAGAACAAUGGACGGGACGAAGGCUUUCUCGUUCCAUCGGCGCUGCUUGGGUUGACUGAUAUGGAAAACAGACCGCCUUUCAUGGUAGUGCUUGAUUUGACAUCGUUUCCUUCGCUCGUGUUGGAGGAGCCUCCGUUGUCAGCGACUGCAAAGAGUGCAGGUUUGUUGCCAAGUCUUUGCGCUUCCUUCCGCGAGGGGCUUGACCUUCUCUCGUUAUUUCUUCUAGGGGGUAGAGGGAUGGAAAACAGGGCCUUCGGUUGGUCGCUGCCACCGGCUUCCAUUUGCAAUUGGCUGGGCGUCUUAGGCACAACAAACAGCGGCGUUGAUGUCGCAUCAUGCGCUACUGAAGCAACAGGAAUCGAGAAAUGUGCCGACUUCCUCUGCGAAAUGCUUUCCGCAGGAAGCGCGAAACGUGUCUUCUUGUUCCCAUUUUCUGCCACCGGUUUAGCGCCGGAUCUUCUUUUCCUUGUAAGGGAUGGAGCACUCAAGAGCCGGUCCAAUGCUGAUCGAACAGUUUUCAGCGAGGCACUCUCGUGGAGUCCCGUCAGCGUUUUAAGCAUGAUUGGUUUUGGUUUGAAAUCAUCCAUUCCCAGAUUGAGCCCCCUCUCAAUAUCAUUUCGACUAGCAUGUGCGGAUAUUCCAAUGAUGUAUUGUCGAAAGUUCUUUCGAUGCCUAGCCUCCCAUUCGCGAUAUUGCUGUACGCAGUCCAGUCCAUCCAUCACUGGCAUUAAGAAAUCACAUAACACCAUGUCAAACAUUGUUGCCUUGAGUUCUCUCAGGCCCUCCAUUCCGUCGACGGCCUCAAAGACCUGGUACCCUAAUUUCGAAAGAGCCCUCCCCAGAAUUUUUCGCACCGUUGUUGAGUCCUCGAUGAUGAGCGCGUUGAACGUUCGCGUUGUCUCUACGGCAUCGCCAUCUGCUUCUUCUGGUACAGUUGGUGGUGACUCUGAAUCUGGGUUUUCCUCGAUGAUGGGGCUUGCGGGCGGUGUCGACGGUAAGUCCGCCUUGAACGUAGGUAUACUGUUCCCAUCGCUUGUUUUGCCCGAAAGCGACUUUGCAAGUCCCACAAGCUCGGACACGUCCUGUGGAAGGACAAUCGGUAUGCUAAACCAAAAAAUAGCCCCCCUUUGGUUGUCGCUGUGAUUCUGACCUUCCGUGCCGGCCUCGGCUACCCCACUGCCCAUCCUGCGAGCACUGCCACGUGCACCAUUUACGAGAGUCGUUGUUGUUGUUGUUGUUUCCCCCGGGUGCAUUCUCGUUGCGCCUCGUCGUCUCACUCCGUAUUUACCUCCCAACCAAUUGAUUUGGUAUGCAACGGAGUAUAGACCAAAGUUGGAGUUAUCAAUGUCCUGGCUAAAGAGAACUUGACUAUCUCUGACUUCGACGUCCUUGCCCGUGUCUUCGCAUUCAAACACGAGGCUUCCAUCUUCGUCGUCGAAUAUAGUUAAUGAAAUGAAGCCACUGUUCGCGCGGGUGCAUGCAUUCGAGAGUAGAUUGAGAGCGGAACGAAAUAUCUUGAGCCCGUCACUGACAAUGUUUGUGGGUGCUGACGGAUGCAGUGCGAUGGUCAGUGGUACUCGCUUGGGUAUGCUGUUGCUGAUGACUUCCAAGUUGGCCGCGAAUUCUUUCAUGUCAAUGAAAGGCGACGCCUCCGCGAGAUGCAUAAGGUUGCGUGGCAAGGAGAAAUCUGCGGAAGAGGAUGGUAUUUUUCGAUUCCCCCGCAGCGUUUCAAUGGUGGACUGACAUAUCCGUAGCAUCAUAUUCGAGCUCCGCACGGCGGCGGAUGUGUACUCUCUCCGUUUGUCCCCUAGCUUUGCCUGGAAUUCCCCGUCCUGUUGCAGCAACGACAGAGACAACUGUAUUCCCGUCAAGGGAGUGAUGAGAUCAUGUGCUGUACAUGCGACCAAAUGGGACGGACUCCCUUGCGUGGUAAGCUUCCGUCGAUCAACCAUGGCUUUGACCAUGAGUUGUCCGAAUUCCUUUAGGUUUUCUCUUUCUGCUUCCGUUGCCCCCGUUGGCCGCGGUUGUGUCGCUAGCAUGCAAAAGGCGCCUAGUCGGUACCCUUCUGGGGAGACAAGGGGGGCGCCCGCAACGAAUCGAAAUCGAGGAGGGAUGGUAUUUGUCGUAGAUGAAUUGUUGUUGGUGCUGCUGUUAUCAGCGCUGCUCUUUUGAAACAUUUCGUCCCUUGCAGUGUCGGGUAUGUCAAAGAUAGUAUUCUGCUUCAUGAUGAUUCUGGCGAGGCUCGAGAGCAUGUCUCUUGUGAGCUGCUGUUCGCAGUCAGACUCCUGAUUGCAGCGGAACCAUAUCCGUCCCAUGUCCACUAGGCUCAGGAAUGUGUAUGGCGUGUCCAAGACAGUGGCUGCCAUUCUGGUCAGACGAUCAAUACUCUCGUCUCGUUCAGAGUCCAUCAGGUGAUACGAUUUCAGGACUUGUAAGCGUUCCAACUCUUCAGAGAGACUCUGAGGCUCCGCUGUGCCCACGUCGCACGAUGUAACUAACCAUCCGGACUGAGUAGUCGUAGUGGAUGAUCUACUGUUUCUUCUUCUUUGUGGUUGUUGUUGCGUUCGAUGCGAUUCUGCUUCUGCAGUUGCCGACUCUCCUGCUGGAUUUAGAGGACCUCUAUUGGUACCAGUUCCCUUUACAACAUCAGAAGACUCAGUGUGACUGCUUGGACCUCCGCUAUCCCCUGAAGCGGGUCCAGAAGGAGUCGGUGACGACAUUUCUCUCCUUGACUUGUUCUUGUUGUUGUGUAUCACGGUCUGUACAAUUCUCCCCCCAAACACAUCUAGUCUAGCUAGCAACUACAAGUCGUUCCUUCCAAACGAAGUCUCGCGUUGCUUCCGAAAGAAGCAAAUGUUCUAGCUAGCUAGCUCUAGACAGACCAAAGUCAAUCGUCAGAGUCCAACAGGCAAUUCCUAUCUGUCGUUUGGAGGGUGGCAGAGUGCUGAUGUAUGAGGCGCUGUUUCCGGUUGUGACUCAAGGUUUAUCCAUCCUCGUCUUUCCCUUUCCUACGUCCUACGUCAGGGUUAAGUUUUAAAGCGCAGCUGAAAUAUUAAAUCAAUGAGAACCGUUUCACCUCUCAAAUGAGAUUUCAUUCUUAAAUAGCGACGUAUAAAACAAUAAGCUGCUUGGACGCUGAAACCAGAGGUUCGGAUCCUUAAUACCGCUACCUACAGUGUACCGGUUUCCCAGCAUAAGCAGCAGUCUGUUUAUCCUUCUUUCAACAGUGCUUUUCUUUCCAUCGUGAGGAACCUAUCAGCCACAGACAAACAGAUAUCAAAGCCUACGAUUGUUCGCUGCGUUGCAUUCGUUUUUGCUUUGCUAUGGCGGCGGUAUUUGAUUCCGGCAGUGGUCUGCUCAAUGCAACACCUUCAAACUUGCUUUGCCUUGAUUCGAUUUGGCGGAUCCUUCAACAGUGCAGGCCGGUAUGAUACAGAUGUGCGAAGUUGAAACAACAGCAUGGGCGCUAACAGAGACCUGGCAGCAGUCGCAAUGUCCUGCAGGAUACAUUUGUCUACUUUCUCUUGCUCUCCAGCUGAUGUUCCCCAUUAGCACGAGCGACUGACAUGAAAGACCAGAUCACGAACUCAGCUGGUGCAACUUAGCCUGUGGCAACCAAAAAGAAGUUAAACUACUGUGGUAACUUGCCCUCUCCUGGCCAAAGAUCUUGCCAGUGUUCCAAUGUAGGCAGCAGUCUCCAUGGAGACUGGAGACAUUAAUACUGUAGAUGAGCUGCAAACCUUCCGUGUAAAAGCUGGCACGGGGAACAUAGCUUUUUAGUCUACCUUGAGUUCUAUUAUUACUAUUUAAUGAUUUAUUUUGCGGAAGAUCCCCAUGUCAAAGGAAGACAGCCUGGAAAUUCAGGCUGAAAGAUGCGGUAAAAACAAAAGUUUCAUACAAACCUAAAUUUCAGCUUUUACCUAGACUACUAGUACAAUAUUAUUCCCCACAUCACCCAUCACCCUCUCAUUCAGAUCUCAGAUACUAGACUAGUACCCCACACUUCGACCAUCAUUAUCAAAACAAUUUGCUGAUCGUUUGAUCUCACAAAACAACAACACUCGAUUGGCGACGGGUAGCUAUCUAGCUAGCUUGCUUGCCAUAAAGAGUUAGUUGAAGCGUAGUGGCAACCUCGAGUCUUUGUUGAGAAAAUCGCCGACUUGAAGGACAAUCAGAGCUAAAGACAUUGAUUCUGCCUUGCUCUGUUGAGCUGGAGAUUAAUCUCUCGUUUAAAGUCCAUUCCAACUCUAACUCUUCCGUCAACAAGUUUGUGGAAGAUAGGUUUCAUUGCUUCAAUUGAAUCAAGACUUUUGUACGAGUCAAGUUGGAGGUGCACGUGAGACCCUUUUUGGAAUUUUCGUUGUUGAGUUUGUCCGAAGCAUCAGCAAUCAAUACCGUUCAGCGUGUCAACUCCUUGUUGCAAAGAAGACUUUAUUCGAUAUUCAGGCCACCGAAACUGAAGUGAAGUGCUCUAUCAAGAUCCCAAACAUUAAUCUAUCGCUACAUCUAUCUGUCGACGAUGGCGUCCAAACAAAAUGACUUGCCCUUCGCUGGCGGUGGAAUCAGCGCAGACCCCGAAACGGGGAUCCCCCCACCUUCUCCUCCUGCUCAACGUCCAGUAAGACGAAAGACAUCAAAACAGAUUCGGGAAGAGUCCCAAGCCCGUCGUGUCCGAACGGCUUCUGAUGGUUCGACCUUUGGGGCGUUUUUCCAAAACCAGGAAUUGGUUGGUAGUGCACUCUCACAUCACCACAAUCCACAUGGUGAGCAUGGUCAACAAGGUCCGCGAAGACGUAGAUCCGCCAGGCGACCCAAGGAUGGAUCCCCUCCAAAGCAACCUCCCAAAACCAGUGGAACCGGAUCUGAUUUGGGAGAUGUGGCUUCCAUGGCAAUUGCAGGACUUGGCAUAGAUGUCGACAUGAAUGAGUUGAUGGGAGGUGGAACGUCACCCCUUACAGCGAAACCAAAAACCAGCCGACGGGGACUAUCGCCUCCAGGCACUGCAGGAAGGAAGACGUCACAGUUGGAAACUAUUCCUGAUGAUUCUGAACAUCAUGGUUAUGUUCCACGUCCAGGAGAGCAAUUGGAUCAUUCUGCAGGCAGGCAGACAAGUUUCAUGCGGUCCAGCAUCAUGACCACUGACAGUCUUCGUAUCAGUGAAGGGUCCGCCGAUUUGGAAGAGGAUGUAGCAGGAAUGUUGAGUCAGAUUGACCGUGACAACAGCUUGUUUCUCAGUGAACUUAGCGAUGGCGGUUUUGCCAAUCUGGUGAGAGGAGGCCCUGAACCAGCCGGCAGGCAAUCAUUGCUGGGGUCCUCAAUAUUGGACAAGCAGUCAUCUGGGUCCCUGUACAACCAAGGAAAGAGGCAGUCGCUGCUUGGAUCUGCCAUAUUGGACAAACAAUCGUCUGCAUCCCUGUACAACCAAGGAAGUGCUGGCGGGAAGCCGACCCAUGCGAAAAAGGUUUCUGGUCAAAGCGAUAACUCUAGCCAGCAGCACCAACAGCAGGAAAUCGCCUCAUUCGCGGCCAUGCUCCACAACGCCGAUUACGGGGCAGUUUCAACAUCUGACAGUGGGGCUCAUCCGCUCAAAUUCGACAGUGGUCCGUUACCCGUGGCUAAGGAUCCUGAUCCAGUCGCUGCGAGACAUACGCUUCCGUACUCGUCCACUCCACCGGCCAAGGAGAGAUUUGAGGACGAGCCGGAAGAAGAGAGCGAAGCCGACGAGCGCUAUUCCAUUUUUGACCUGAUUGAUCCCACCGAUUGGCUUGUUCGGUGGCUGACAAAAGACGCCAAAGUGAGCCCCGAUGGUGCCCGCUACUUUGAUGAGAGUGCGGAGUACACCAUUGCGGGGCUCGUGAGGUGGUUGUUCUUCAAUCCCUACUACCCGGAGUUUUCAUCAUUACAACAGCACACUUGGGCCGUUGUUCUCGGUAUUCUAAUGGGUUUGUACACCGCUUUUUGGAAGGAAAUAAUCGAACACAGUGUCGAGUUCAUGUGGAAAGAGUUACCAGAAGCAUUGCUUGAAUGGGGUGUCUUCACGGAAUUGGAUGGAUCUUUCCCGCUCUACCACUACAUGUGGAUAUGCCCGUCAAUUUGGGCAGGUAUUCUAUCCUACAUCUUUGCGGCCUUGCCAACCCCCAUCCCUGGCCAAAACGAGUGGAUUACAGCAGUUCAUUUGAUGGGAGUGCAAGACUCGGAGACAUUUUUCCAGCUUUUUGUUCUUUCGACCCUGGGAAUGGCGUCAGGAUUGUCUCUGGGUCCGGAGUUGCCACUUGUCUUGACCGCCGGGAUGAUCGGUUCGUGGCUGGGCAUAAGAUGCAAGCAAAGUAUUCUUCAAGCGCGCACAAUGAACAUCACAUGUGCCAGUGCGGCUGUGGGGGGUUUCUUUGGGUUUCCCAUGGCAGGUGCUCUGUUUGUUUUGGAGAUUCCACAUCGCAUGGGGCUGCAAUACUUCGAGGCCCUUUCGCCAGCCACGAUUGCUAGUAUUGUUGCUGUUCUGUGCAAUCGUCUUGUGACGGGAAAUGAUGUCACGGGCUACUAUAAUUACCCCUUUCUAACUACUUCCCUUCCGAGUGAGAUCUUCUCGAGUGCGAUUGUAUUUGGGCUUUUUGGAGCAUUCGUUGGGACGAUCUAUGCUCGAUCAGUGCUCAAGCUGAAAGGUCUUGUUCACGAUUUCUUCCAUGAGCAUCAUGAUGAUCAUGGCAACGCAGCACAUGACGAACAUACUUUCAAUCAACCCGAUGGCAAGGGUAAUUCAGUUCCGCAUCACGACGAAAAGACGCCGUUAAUGAAUGGCAACACGGUCAAAACAACGAAGUCAGCCCCUCCAACCCUGGCGCUCCACCGUAGGAUAGCUGAAAAGGCUCAGAAAUACUUCUGUUGCGUGAUCCCGCACGAACCGACCCGUGCUGCAGCUGCCGGGGUUGUUGCCGGUGCCAUGGUUGGCGUCAUUUGCAUGUUUGUUCCACACGUAAUGUUCUGGGGAGAAGCUCAGCUUCAAACCUUGAUAGACAAAGGACGCACGCCCUUGCCUGUUUUUGGUCAGGAGGAUGAGCCGACAGCAGCACUGACCGCGAAGGCCUUCUGCCUUAUUGAUCCGAACGACGCCGAAGCAGUGAAAGCUGGCUUUGGUAUGGGGUGCUCUCUUCUCAUAACCAUGGCCAAGAUAGUUGUUACGGGGCUGUCGCUUGGAACUGGUAUAAUUGGUGGGCACUUCUGGGGACCGCUGUUUUCGGGUUGCGCCGCUAGUCACUUCCUCACCGAUGUAAACUUAUGGCUCAGCGACAGAAUUGGGUUUGGGGCCACCCUUGCGGCGUACCCGUGUGUUACCAUAUUGUGUACCAUGGGAAGUACGCAUGUCGUGACUUUUCGAGCACACACAGCCAUCAUGCUCAUCCUGACGCUGACAAUCAGCGCAUUCGACCCAGAGGACGCAUCAGCAGGGGGUACUGGUGGUGGUGGUGACUAUUCGGCAGUCUUUCCACUCCUUGUGGUUUCUGUAUUUGUUUCACUGCUGGUUUCCCGUCGUACCGUCUUCUACAAAGCUCAACGAAGUCGCGUGGAUAUCAUGGCACUUCCCGAAGUGCUUUGCGAGCCAGGGAAAGAAGGAAUGCCGAUGGUUAUGGUGGACUACGCUAGUGAAGAGGACUUUUACGACGGGGACUCAUAUGACGAAGACGGGGACUACAUGUCAGAAGAUGACUUGGAUUCGCCCAAGGAAGCGGCAACCACGGGUGCACAUCCAUUGUUACGACAAGCUGAUGACAGUCGGGGCCAUGUGGAUCUGGCAAGCAACACAAGCCCAAUCGCGAAGCCGACGGCAGCGGCCCCUGAACCGAUUGCGACUGCCGACUACACAACAUCCAGGAGAGAACGCGAGAUUUCCACGGAGUCGACUCAGUCCGCCAGGAGCCGUGGGUCAAGUCCAUUGCCUCCGAGGCCAUUGGACAGGAAGAAGACUAGUAGCGGUGAUUUGAAUUCAGUCAAGGAAGAUUCGAGCAAACCCAAUUCUGUAAAUUGGGAUGCUGGUCUGGACGCACUGCUUUCAACACCCUUGGAAAGUGAAGAUGAAAUCAAGAAGAAGAAGCAUAGGCGUAUUCGAAGCGCGCCAAAUGUUGACUUCGGAAAGAGAUUCCAAAGGGACCGAGCUGCGGUGAAGCCAGGACAGUCCGACAAGAGUCUUGGUGAUACCGGCAGCACCAGUGCUCGUCACGCCAGGAGCGAUAGCUACGGUAGCCAAAGCAGAGUCAUGCGCGUUGCCACAAUCGGGCAGCUGUCGGUGGAUCACCCCGAUCUUUUGGAGCAGGCUCGGAUGAUGAGUUCCACGUCCGCCAUCAGCGUAGAGUCGCGUCAUGUCCGACACCCCAGUAUGCCCUCCCGCUUCCCUAGGGGUGAUCGUUUGCGAAGCCACAGCAGGGGCGAUUCCCUGUCAUCAAUUGGGGCCGCUUCUACGGGGCCACCCCUUCACGUUGCUGUGGACAGGCAGGGUGUACCAGCGGCUGAUAUUGAACGUGCCUUUGCGUCAGCUGUCAACCGAGAGUUGGUCGGAAAGAAACAAGGAUGAGGUCAUCGAUACAUUUUUUGUUGAUUGUAGUGUAUUUGGAAAGUCAUGCUGCUUUGUUAUCGUAUGAAAACACAAUCUCGAUAUUUGUUUGUAAUUGUAAGCGCUAUAACGAUAAGAUAAGUACGAAACACCUUCACUGUCAAUCUCAAUGGCUU